AUGGCCCCUCAUCCCAUGGCUGUUGAAAAUAUUGAAAUGGAUUUUAAUUUCCUUGGGGACCAGGACCACUUACUUCAAGACUGGUUUGAUCAAAAUUUCUACGAAGCGCUGCACGAGACCGACACCUUUUGGCCACCGAAUGGAAACACAAGCAGUCUCGAUAUUUUUACAGGGCUAGACAUGUUGAUGCCCGAAUUCAGUUCGUUGCCUACCACCGGAUAUAUUGGAGACACUAGGUCUGCAGCCCGCAUGGAUUCCCCUGUUCCUGUAAGCCGCAUUCCAUCGCCACCAAAUGAAGCCUCGGAGGAAGACAGGUGGCCGUUCACUUGGGAUCCCCGGUCUCGUCGUAUUCUUGCUGCAAGGGCUAUUGAGAUCUCAGACGAUGAUCCGUUGCAACUGGAACAUCGACCUCGCUUUGAUAUAACCGAAUCCAAAUAUGAUCAAGCCAAACGGUUUUGGCAAUUACCUGGAACCCACAGAAUAGGAACAUUUUCGGUGGAGAUGCCGACACUGAAAACCGCCAAUAUCCUGAUUGGUCUGUUCUUCGCCCACUUCGAGCAUCGUAUGCCAGUGAUACAUCACGUGUCUCUACAGCGGACAGAUAAUCUUCCUGAUGCAUUGAUAGCAGUGAUGAUCGUGAUUGGAGCAAUAUACAGCCGCCAGCAACAUAGCACACGCUUUGCCAUCGUGCUGCUAGACAUGACUCGGAUAGCCGCUCAAGUGACCAUGGAGCAGGACAACAGCCUCAUGAGAGACGCCAUGUACAUCUACGCCAUUGCCCUCAUCUGCUUCGUGGGCCUGUGGUGCGGGAACAAACGUGCAUUCGAACUUGCAGAACUGUCAAGGGCGGCAGCCGUCAAUUUCUGCCGGCGAAGCCAUUUCGCCAGCACAAGCCCGAGCCACCAGCAUCGCGAUUCCCCGCCUGGCCCGUCUUCUGCAGGUACUGACGACAUUGGAGUUCAAUGGAGCAAGUGGAUCGACAGGGAGGCCAAAAAGCGGCUUUGCUGGGUCGUGUACGGGAUCGAUUGUGAAAUCGCGAGCCUCCUGCACAUACCUCCAACCUUGUCGAUCUCUGAGAUCUGCAAGCUCGAAUGCCCCUGCGACGAGGAGUUCUGGCAUGCGUCGAGUGCCCGACGACGGAAGGGGCUUCUUGGGCUCGCACCAUUCCCCGCGUCUCGAGCCUUUUCGAGCGCAUUGGCUCCGUUUCUUAGAAUUCUGUCCACAGAGAUCAACGCAGAGUGA